UAAUAACCCACGAUUCUCCCCACUAAUAAAAUGAGUCAAAGAAACUGCAGGGUUCGCAACCAAAAAUCGAACAAAUGCUGAGCAAAUCUAUGAUACAAAUGAAAAUCUCGAGUCAGACAAGAAGCUGGCAGCGAGAAGAGUGAAGAAUCUCAAAUCCUCUUAACAGUUGAGGUCUCCCUCUCCUUUGACACAAUAUUUUUAAGAUUAAAAUAUUUCUCGUCCCGCACGUUAUAUGAGGAGGAGCUUAGCAACCGGGGAAUUUGCAAGGGUUUAGUGAUGACAAUGGAGAUGAUGUUGGUGGGAGAAAAAUGGGCUCAGGCUACUUCCAGAGUGGGGUCGGGCUCUUGUUCACUGCGGCGAAUACCCAAAUCUUUCAUUUCAAGAAAGGGAAACAUAAAUCUCAUUUGCAGGGCGGUAGCAGCGGGGGAUUCCACGGUAGCUAUCCAAAGCCAAAGCCUCUCUAUUUCUCAAACAUUUGCCAAUCUCAAGAGCCGGGGAAAGGUGGCUUUUAUUCCUUAUAUAACUGCAGGGGAUCCUGAUUUGUUUACAACAGCCAAAGCACUGAAAAUGUUGGAUUCUUGUGGUGCUGAUAUAAUAGAGCUGGGAGUGCCAUACUCUGACCCUCUUGCUGAUGGCCCCGUCAUUCAGGCAGCUGCUACAAGAGCUCUGCAAAAGGGCACCAAUUUUGAUGCAGUUAUUUCCAUGCUCAGAGAGCAGGUGAUUCCCCAUUUGGCUUCCCCACUUGUGUUAUUUACUUAUUACAAUCCAAUACUGAAACACGGCCUUGAAAACUUCAUGCACAUCAUCAGUUCUAUAGGGAUUCGUGGUCUUGUUGUCCCAGAUGUUCCAUUGGAAGAGACACAGACACUACGAGACAGUUGUGCAUCAAAUAAAAUUGAACUUGUGCUCCUAACAACUCCAACAACUCCAACAGAGAGGAUGAAAAAAAUUGUUGAUGUAUCAGAAGGCUUCGUGUAUCUUGUAAGCAUAACUGGUGUGACUGGUGCCCGUGCUUCCGUUGCAUCACGUGUGGAAUUUCUUCUUCAUGACAUAAAACAGGUUACAAAUAAACCUGUGGCAGUUGGAUUUGGUGUUUCCACGCCAGAGCAUGUGGCACAGAUUGCAAGAUGGGGAGCAGAUGGAGUAAUUGUAGGGAGUGCAAUGGUGAAGCUACUCGCAGAAGCAAAUUCACCAGAAGAAGGACUCAAACAACUUGAGGCCCUAACUCGAAAUCUUAAGGCUGCCUUACCUUAGCAUGUAUGUCAGGCAAAAGUAUUUUGCCUAGCUUCAUGAGAUACAUGCUUCAGGGUUUUCUAACAUCUGGUUCAUUGCAUACAUGGUGCUUUAAAAUAGGAUGGUUGUAUGAUUUUAGAGAUUGUUUGUUUAUUGAAAAAAUAAAAUUUUGGAGAUAAACCUCACCAUUCCAUUUUUUUUUCACACAUGCUUUAUUGUUUUAAUUCUUCCCUCUUUGAUAAAAUCAUAAAUCUGAUUCAUUGCAUACGUGGUAUUUCAAAAUGGGAUGGUUGUAAAUUUUAAAAAUUUGUUUAUCAAAACAAGAAAAUACUGGAGGUAAAUCUCACCUUUCCAUUUUUUCCUUGUA